UAUCUUCCCUUCCCAUUUUCUCUCAAAAUUUUCGGACCGCCUAACCAAACAUGGCCUUUAUAUUGAAGUGAUUAUCAGUUUCUAUUGAUAUUUUCUUUUCACAUAUUUUCCAAAAUGCAAAUACAAACUUUAAUGUAAGUUCAUUGGUUACUUUCAAAUUUUAAAUUAAAGCACCUCACAAAAUAACGACAGUGGGACUCUGGAGAUGCUGAGAAAAAGAGAGAGAAAGCGGGAGAAAAUCGAGGGUAGAUGAGGUCAAUAGUUGACAGAGGUCAAAUCCCAACCCUUAUUUGGAGUUUUCUAUUGGAUGAUCGGCUGUUUACCCUUUGAAUGUCCUCAAUAGUCAAUUCAGAUACUUCAAAGGGAAAGAAGAGGAUAUAAUUGCUAAUAACACACAACCGUUGAAGCCAUAACAGUCUUUUUCCUCAAUUUUCAAGGCCUCCCUCCCUCUCUUUGUCUCAUUCCAACAAAACCCUAAUCAUAUUUCCCCUUGUUUCAGUGUCUACUCCGUCAUACAUUGAUACAGAAUCUGGGUUUUCUGUUUUCUUUGGCUCCAAAAAAGAUUGAAUGAACAUUGAGAUACAUUGUUUAUUUCUUCUAGAUAUUUUGUUGAAAGUGGCAGUGGGAGAUUAAUUGGAUGGUUUGCUGUGAGGGAUUGACAGGGAUCCUCAUGAAGAAUUCGGCAAAUGGAGAGGUGGACUCAUUUUAUGCAAUCAGACCUGAAUGCCAAAGUGACGUUCCGAAAAUCCGAUUUAAGCCGAGGGCAGGGAAAACACUUAGUGCAAGAAGAUGGCAUGCUGCUUUCUCUCAAGAUGGUCAUUUAGAUAUAGAAAAAGUGCUUAGACGGAUCCAACGAGGGGGUGUUCAUCCAUCAAUCAAAGGGGUAGUUUGGGAGUUCUUGUUGGGUUGUUUUGAUCCCAACAGCACCUUUGAUGAACGAAAUGAGCUCAGGCAACAGAGGAGGCAGCAGUAUGGUGCACUGAAGGCUGAGUGUCAAAAGAUGGCGCCUGUUAUUGGCAGUGGAAAGUUUAUUACAACACCGAUUGUCACUGUAGAUGGUCGACCAGUACAAGAUCUUUCCACCAAUGACAAUUCACAGGAUGAUAACAGAGCCACGUCAACACCCUCUCCUCUCGAUUCACCUUUAGAUGAUGGGGGACAUGUAGAUGAUGCUGUGCCAGACAAGAAAGUGAUUCAGUGGAAGCUCAUGUUGCACCAAAUUGGUUUAGAUGUUGUUCGCACAGAUCGAACACUUGUGUUUUAUGAGAGUGAAGCCAAUCAGGCGAAGCUCUGGGAUGUUCUUGCAGUCUAUGCCUGGAUGGACAAUGAUAUUGGUUACUGCCAAGGAAUGAAUGAUAUUUGCUCUCCUAUGGUAAUUCUCAUUGAAAAUGAAGCGGAUGCAUUUUGGUGCUUUGAGCGAGCAAUGCGUAGAUUGAGAGAAAAUUUCAGGGUUAGUACCAAUUCUAUAGGUGUGCAAUCUCAGCUGGGUACACUUUCAGAAAUAAUUAAAGCGGUUGAUCCUCAGCUCCAUCAACACCUUGAGGAUCUAGAUGGGGGGGAAUAUCUAUUUGCAUUUCGGAUGCUGAUGGUACUUUUCCGUAGGGAGUUCUCUUUUGUGGAUGCAUUGUACCUAUGGGAGUUGAUGUGGGCCAUGGAAUACAACCCAAACAUUUUCUCAUCAUAUGAGGAGUCAAGUGCUUCUGCAGAUAAAAGUUCUACACAAAACACAAAUGGCAAGAUGCUGAAGAAGUGUGGGAAAUUUGAGAGAAAAAAUGUGAAGACCGGAUAUAAGAACCAACACAGUUCUCUUGCUGUUUUUCUUGUUGCAAGCGUCCUUGCAACCAAGAACAAGCGAUUCUUGAAGGAGGCCAAGGGUCUGGAUGACGUUGUAAAGAUCUUGGGUGACAUUACUGGAAAUUUAGAUGCAAAAAAAGCAUGCAACGAGGCUUUGAAACUUCACAAAAAGUACCUGAGCAAGGCAAAGAAAUCAUAGAUGUUGGUGGAGAGCAUUGAUCUGUUUUAGGUUAACCCAACUGAUGGUGGCAUUGGGAGCAUUUGGCAUGUUACUGAGGUUUUGGCUUUAAUUUUUAGAACUUUUUCCCACAUUUAUUACCAUUUCUUCUCCAAGGAUUUGUUGAUUUUAGCUGUAAAAACCUUCUGCAUAAGAUUUUGUCACGAAUUGUAUCUGUAGAGCCUAUUGGUAUCUUUGAAGAACAAGAAACAAUAGAAUCAGAACCUUUUUUUUUUUUU